UACCACAUAAGAUAAAGGUAUUGUGUCCACCUACAACUAAAAAAUAUAUUUUAAAAAGGAUAUUGUGUCUAUCUACAACUAAAAAUUUUUAAAAAACUAAACUAGUAAUGGUGACAAUGGAGGAAAGAUUUAGAGACCUGGUAGAACUGAUAUGCCUUUUAGAAAGCUAAGAGUAAGGAAUAAAGGAUAAUGUGGUUUUUCUAGUUUGGAAGACCGAGUAGGUCCUAAUGCCAUCAACUGAAUUAAGGAAUUAGGGACUACUUAAACAAAGUUUUAGCUAGUGGAAGAUAGGGAAAUAUGUAUAUUUCUAGCAAUAAAUUCUGUAGAAGAUCAGAAUAGAGAGCAAUGACCUAUUCUUUAUACUCUGUGUAGGAGGUGGGUGAAGGCAAUUCAGAGAGGAUGGGAAGCACAGGUCUAUUCUAGGGUAGAAAAGCCCCAGUGACACUAGACCUGAAAUGUAAAGGAACAGAUCACUUUGUUUUCCUGUUUUCAGAGUUUUCUACCUAGGAUGACUUCAGUAACUGAAUCAGACAUCAUAAAAGAUGACUCAAGCAAAGGAAAGAAUUCACCUUGGCUCUAGCCCAGAAAAAGGGGAAAGUUCUGAUGUCAGCUACCAGGAAGGACUUCAGUUGAGGUCCCUUCAUUUGUCCGUUCAAGAACAGUCUGUCCAUCAUCGAGACAGGAGACGAUCCUGGCGUCGAGCAAGUAUGAAUGAAAUAAACCGACGGAAGUCACUGCCUCCCUUCCAUCAGGGCAUCACAGAGCUCAGCAGGUCCAUCAGUGUUGACUUAGCAGAAAGCAAACGGCUUGGUGCUCUCCUGCUUUCAAGUUUUCAGUUCUCGGUACAGAAACUUGAACCUUUCCUAAGGAACACUAAAGGCUUCAGUCUUGAAAGUUUUAGAGCAAAAGCAUCUUCUCUUUCUGAGGAGUUAAAACAUUUUGCAGACAGACUGGAAAGUGAUGGAACUCUACAAAAAUGUUUUGAAGAUUCAAAAGAAAAAGCAUCAGAUUUGUCUCUGGAGAAGUCAGUGGCUGAGAUGAAGGAGUAUAUAACAAAAUUUUCUUUAGAAAGUCAGACUUGGGAUCAGCUUUUGCUGCGCUACCAGAAAGCGGUACUACCAGAAGCCAUGUCCAGAGAAUCAGCUGAAACCAAAAUUACUGAAGUCAAAGUAGAACCUACAACAUAUCUUGGGUCUUCUCAGAGUGAAGUUCUUAACACAAAACCUGACUAUCAGAAAAUAUUACAGAACCAAAACAAAGUAUUUGAUCAUAUGGAGCUGGUGAUGGAUGAGCUGCAAGGAUCAGUAAAACAGCUGCAAACAUUUAUGGACGAAAGUACCCAGUGCCUCCAGAAGGUGUCAGCACAGCUUGAGAAGAGAAGCAUGCAACAGUUAGAUACUUCACCUGCUCGAAAACUGCUUAAACUUCACCUACAGAAGCCGUCUACCACACAUUGCUCUGGAUCUUGUCAGUGAUCUUGCCCAGCUUUUUUACCAGAAGACACUCAAAGGAGAGGAUUGGGAAGAGUGCCCCAGCAUGUGGCAGCUGCACAGCAGUCUGAGCUGGACAGCUCUGUUGCUAUGGAGGAUAACUGGCUAGCUGACUCUAGAGAACUUUGACUUUUUUCUGAAUGAUAGAAUUCAUGCAUCCAAAAGAAAAUUAGAAACACAUUUUUUUCCAGGAAUAUGCAAAAUGUUUGAAACUUCCUUUUUGAAAUGGCCUUCAAAACCAGUGGCCCAUUCUUUUAAAUAUCCUUCAUAGUAUGAAGAUUUCAGCUUUUGAAACCAAAGUCUUUUAGGACCAAGUUUAAUGAAACAUUUUAGGGGCCAAGGUGGGUUCUGGUCAUAAAGGGGUCAGGUUGGUUUUCAAGGUGUGGCUAUGAAGGGGAUUUUAGAUAGAAGAGCAUUGAGCAUUGUUUCCAUCAUGGGGAUACAUACAUCACUUCACAAAAUGUCCAAUUUAAAGAAAAUACUACUCAUUUUUUAUGUCUUGAGUGCACUUUAGCUUUAAACAUUAAGUUGAUAUACUAAGCAUUGAAUUCAUGGCAAGAGGAACUAAGUGCUACUUUUAAUUUUUUUUUUUUUUUUCUGUGCUGGGGAUCAAACUCAGGGCUUCAUCCAUGCUAGGCAAGUGUGCUUUACCACCAAGCUGUACCCCCUCUUUCCCAGUAGUUCUUUGUAUUUAUGAAUAAACUAUAAAAUUAUAAAUAA